AAAUACUAAUUCACUGUUAUUCUUGGCGCGAAUUUAAAUUUAUUUCUGUUAAUUUCUGAAACAUGAUCAUCACACGAACAAGAUAGCCUUUAAAAAGGUACCAACAAUAAUUAGAGCUGAAUGAAAAUGGCCAAUCUAUUCACUGCUACGACUCCUUUCCUCUCACUUUCGAAGCCAUUCACCAAAACGGCACCGUACCACCACCACUGUUACGCCUCUUCUUCCAAUCCGCCGGAGCCUGAGUCUUCUCCUCCUCCACCUCCACCUCAACCGCUGGCAUCGCAACAGAAGAGGAAGAAGAACGUUGAGACGACGGAUUGGGUCGCUUCUUCCCUGACCCGGCGGUUUGGAAUCGGCGCGGGUCUUGCCUGGGCGGGCUUUCUGGCUUUCGGUGUAGUCUCCGAGCAGAUCAAGACUCGGAUUGAGGUUUCUCAGGAAGUAGCUAACACCAGAGAUGUAGAAGAAGAGAAAGAGAUUGUGUUGCCCAACGGCAUAAGGUACUAUGAUCUACGGGUUGGAGGAGGAGCGACACCACGGGCAGGAGACUUGGUAGUGAUUGAUCUAAAGGGGCAAGUGCAAGGAACCGGGCAAGUAUUCGUGGACACAUUUGGAAGCAAAGACAAGAAGAAGCCAUUGGCACUUGUGGUGGGUUCAAAACUAUAUAGCAAAGGAUUAUGUGAAGGCAUAGAUUAUGUUCUAAGGUCCAUGAAGGCUGGAGGUAAACGCAGAGUGAUCGUUCCACCAUUGUUAGGAUUUGGAGAAGACGGUGCUGAAUUGGAAUCGGGUUUGCAGAUUCCUCCCAAUGCUUCGUUGGAGUAUAUAGUUGAGAUUGAUAGAGUCUCAAUUGCACCUGCUUGACUUGUGUUUUCAUUGCCAAAUCCUUCAAAUUGGUUGUAUAAGAGAUUAUGAGUGGAAAAUAAAUAGUGUAAAGUUUU